GCGGCCAUGGACUUCCAGAGGCUCGCGACGUUGCGGAGGCCGGCGCCGGAACCCCACGCUGCGGCGGGUCCGAUGAUGCUGGCGCCCGCGGGAGCGGUGCCGCGUGCGCCCUGUGGGAGGCGAUGUCGCGCUCCAGGGUGGGGGCCAUCGUCGAGGCCCUCCGUGCCGUGCCGAGGGCCGCCGAGGGCGCUCCUCCUCGAAGCGAGGGCGCGGCGGCCGGCUGCCAGGCCGACGCGGGCACGUCCGAGGAGGUCUGCACGAUCGCGCUCCACUGCCUGUACCACGAGGCCGAGGAGGUGCGAGUUCAUGCGUGCGCACUGCUGCCACGCGCGCUGCCGCGCGUGGAUGCGGGAGCGACCGAUGCCACGUGGACGGCAACGCACAUCUUCGUCGCCCUCCUCUCCCAGUUGGGGGCCACGUCGGCUGCUCUUAGGGUUGCCGCGCUCGACGCGAUCGGGGCGCUGCCCACCUGGGAUCCCAACACGUUUGUCCGCGCCAUCAGGAUCCCCCCCUUCCAGAAGGAGAACUCAGAUUCUUAG